ACCUGGUGGGAGGAGAGUCGACACAGAGUUUAAAUAAAAAACCCUCCAGACACCAGAUCGCCCUUCUAACUCUGUGCCGUAACCACUCAAAAUCAUGGGCAAAGGCUUCUACAUCAGCAAGACUUUGGGGAUAGUAGGUAUAGUUGUGGGUGCAGGCGCUGUGGCCACCAUCAUCGCCUUGUCGGUUGUCUAUGCUCAAGAGAAAUCCAAGAACGUGUCCACAGAAGACGGACAGACGACCACGGUCAAGCCCCCGACCACCACUCCUACACCCUCCAACGAGCCGUGGGACAAGUACCGGCUCCCUGACACCCUGCAGCCCGAGACCUACAAUGUGUUCCUGUGGCCUCGACUUCAGAUGGACCAACAUGGCAUGUACAUCUUCACAGGGAACUCCAGCGUUGUCUUCAGAUGUGUGAAGGAAACAGACCUGAUCCUCAUUCACUCUAACAAGCUCAACCUGACCAUGUUCGGUGAGCACCACGCAAAACUGAGUGCCGGGGAUGGCCCAGCCCCACCGUCCAUAAAGAAGACCUGGCUGCAGGUGGAGACCCAGUUUCUUGUGGUCCAGCUCAACGGCAAACUAACAGCUGGAAAGACCUAUGAGCUGUUCACUGAAUUCCGAGGCGAGCUGGCCGAUGACCUUGGGGGCUUCUACAGGAGUGAAUAUUAUGUAGAUGGAGUCAAGAAAGUUGUUGCGACGACUCAAAUGCAGCCCACAGAUGCCAGGAAGUCCUUCCCCUGUUUUGACGAGCCUGCCAUGAAAGCCGUCUUCAACAUCACUCUCAUCCACGACCGUGGGACUGUGGCUCUCUCCAACGGCAUGGACAUCGAAACUAUAAACACCACCAUUGAUAGAGUUGAAGUCACCCAGACCAAGUUUGCACCAACAGAGAAAAUGUCCACUUACCUGUUGGCAUUUAUUGUCAGCGAUUUUGCAUCGAUUGACGCAAUGGAGGACAAUGUUUUGAUUCGAAUCUGGGCUCGUAGAGAAGCCAUCAUUGAAGGGCAAGGCCAGUAUGCCCUAAAUGUGACUGGACCAAUCUUGAAGUUCUUCGAAAAAUACUACAAUUCCACCUACCCUCUGUCCAAAUCAGACCAGAUUGCUCUACCUGACUUCAAUGCUGGUGCGAUGGAGAACUGGGGUCUCAUCACCUACAGAGAAACAGCACUUCUUUACGAUCCUAAAAUGUCCUCCAAUGGAAACAAGGAGAGAAUUGCAACCAUUAUUGCACAUGAACUGGCUCACAUGUGGUUUGGAAACCUGGUGACACUGCAGUGGUGGAACGACCUGUGGCUGAACGAAGGCUUUGCCUCCUAUGUGGAGUAUCUUGGGGCAGAUUAUGCAGAACCAACAUGGGGUGUUAAAGACCUGAUCGUUCUGGGCGAUGUGCACAGGGUGUUUGCGGUCGAUGCCCUGGCCUCCUCUCACCCCCUGUCCUCCCGGGAGGACGAGAUCAACAAGCCAGCACAGAUCAGCGAGCUGUUUGAUGCCAUCUCCUACAGCAAGGGGGCUGCAGUGCUGAGGAUGCUCUCAGAGUUUCUCACUGAAAGAGUCUUUGCCCAAGGACUCAGUACAUACCUGAAUCAGUUUAAAUUCCAAAAUACGGUGUACACAGACCUCUGGGAUCAUCUACAAAUGGCAGUGGAAGCAACUGAAACAUCUCUGCCACAUCGCGUGCAUGACAUCAUGAACCGCUGGGUUCUGCAGAUGGGCUUCCCAGUGGUCACCAUCGACACCAGCACAGGCCAGCUGUCCCAAAAGCACUUCCUGCUGGACCCAGAGUCUGUGGUGGACAGGCCAUCUGAAUUCAAUUAUGAAUGGUAUGUACCCAUCAAAUGGAUGAAGACAGGAGUGGAACAGAACCAGAUGUGGCUGCUGGAAAAAACAGCUACUGUCAAUGAAAUGAAAACUACCGGGGCUGAGUGGAUUGUGGCCAACCUCAAUGUCACCGGGUACUACAGGGUUAACUACGACAUGGGCAACUGGGAACGCCUCCUCACUCAGCUAAGCAGCAACCACCAGGUCAUUCCCAUUAUCAACAGGGCCCAGCUAAUAGAUGAUGCUUUUAAUCUUGCCAGGGCGACCAUUGUUGACACAACACUGGCUUUGAGAACAACCAAGUACCUUUCCAAUGAAACCGAGUACAUGCCGUGGGAGUCGGCUCUCGAUAACCUGGACUAUUUCUUCCUCAUGUUUGAUCGCAGUGAGGUCUAUGGACCAAUGCAGGACUACAUCAGGAAACAAGUUGAACCUCUAUUUGAGCAUUUCAGAAAUAUUACUAACAACUGGACUAACGUCCCGUCGGGCCACACUGACCAGUAUAACCAGGUCAAUGCCAUCAGGAUGGCCUGUAGCAGUGGAGUGAAGAGCUGCCUGGAUUUGACCACAGGCUGGUACAACCAGUGGAUGCAGAACCCAGCCAAUAACCCGAUCCAUCCCAAUCUGAGGACGACGGUGUACUGCAGUGCCAUUGCUGCUGGAGGAGCGGCCGAGUGGGACUUUGGCUGGACCAUGUUCCGCACCGCCUCCAUCGCCACGGAGGCAGACAAGCUGAGGUCUGCCCUGGCCUGCACCAAGCAGCCCUGGCUGCUCAACAGGUACCUGGAAUACACCCUGGAUGCAGAGAAAAUUCGGAAACAAGAUGCCACCUCUACCAUUGUGUACAUUGCUAGCAAUGUGGUGGGCCAGUCUUUGGCCUGGGACUUCAUCAGAGCGAGAUGGGAAUACAUAUUCACACAGUAUGGCGGUGGGUCUUUCUCAUUCUCAAACCUUAUCAAUGGCGUGACCAAGAGGUUCUCGACAGAUUUUGAGCUGAAACAGCUACAACAGUUCAAGGAGGACAAUGCCCAGGUGGGGUUUGGCUCAGGUACUCUGGCAGUGGAACAGUCCAUAGAGAGAACACAGGCAAACAUCAAAUGGCUGGCAAGCAACCAGAAGAAAGUGCUGGAGUGGUUCCAAAAUGAAUUAAAAUAA